CGAAAUAAAUCAUACUUUACAAAUAUGGCAGAAGAAUCGGAAAGUAUGGAAGAGAAAACAAUCCGUGAAAAUGAAGGAAUUCUAGAACAACAACUUUAUUCUUCAGUGCUAUAUCAAGAUAUCACACAAUUUAAAGAACUUUGUUCAGAACUACCACAGGCGUUUGAUUUAGAUUUUUUUAUUGACUGUGAUAGAGAGGAAAACUGCUUAGUACUUCUGUCAUGUGCGAAACCAGUAGAAUUCCUCAGAAUUAUAGCUGAAGAAGGAGCCAACUUGUACGUUACGACUCCCACCGGGAAGAACGCUUUACACGUUGCUUGUGAAUACGGAAGGCUUGAUGUUGUGAAAUUUCUUGUGGAAAAUAUAAAAGACGAUUCUUUUCUCCUCGCAGAAACUGUGAAUGGACACAGUGUUAUAUAUUUCACCCUAUGCGCAGAACAAAACCGUGAAGAAAUACUAAAAUAUCUCAAGUUGACAGCGAAGAUAGACAUUAAUCGAGUACUUUCAAAUGGAUCUACAGAGUUAAUUGUGGCUGUCAAUGAGAAAAAAUUUGAGUCGGUUAAAAUUCUAUGUGAAUAUGGGGCUGACCCGAACGUUGGGGUAUAUCGUACUUAUAGGGCGAUCCACAUUGCCUGUCAACAACCGCAAAAUGCCAACACGAUACAACUACUAUUUGAUCAUGGGGCUAACAAGGACGAGCCGUGGAGAAAUGGUCAAUUUCCGAUCCAUUUGGCGAUCAAGCAUAGGUUUGAUGAAAAUGUAUCCGUUUUUUUGCAGGCUGGAGCGAAAUUUGAAGGACAAAUUAAGCUACACAACAGGAAAUAUAGAAACAUCUCUUAUAUUUGUUUAAUGGCUUGGAAAUGUCCAGUGCUUGUUCCAGACCUUUUGCGAAAAGGAGCUAAUCCAAAUGAUAUCCAUCUUCCGACCGGGUCUUCUGUGCUUGGACUUGUACUUGAAAACAAUGGAGGAAAAGAAACAAUAGAGGCUAUCAUCCAGUCGGGAGCUAAUCCAAAGGAGAAGCAUAGGGGGGAAUCUCUCGUAAAAUGUUGCCGAAAUCUGGAUCAGAUUUUAGUUCUGCUUGAACAUGGGAUAGAACUGAAAUCGAUAGAAAAUGAUUUGGGAAAAUCCUUAUUGAAAAUGGCUAUCUCGGAAAAUGAUCUUUUUGAUGAAGAACAUUUUGAGAGAAAAAUUCAAGUCCUCUUAUCCCAAGGAGCAAAAUUUCAGCCAACUCCAACAAAUGAAGACUCCGAACUUAUGUUGGCACUUAAACGUCGAUUUUUUCGUAUUGCGAACUACUUCAUUGCAAAUGGAGCAGACGUCAAACAUGUUGGUGAAAAUGGGAACACGGUUCUACAUUUAAUUUGUAAAGAAAAUCAUGGAUGGCCAAUUUUUGUCAAAGAAACACACUGUCGAAAUUUCAUUCGAGGUAUUCAAAAAGCUGGCGCAAACUUCAACGCAAGAAACAAAGUGGGACUUACGCCACUCUUAUGUCAUUUGUUUUCUUCGCCAAGACCUGACAAGUUCAUUUUUGAAAGUCUCAUUUCAAAAGGAGCUGACAUGUACGUCUUGCAUCCGUCUUCAAAGAAAUCUAUUUUAGCUUACAUAAUCGAGAAUAGUCUCACCGAGUUACUAGAUGUUGUCCUGAAGGCAAACUACAAUGUCAACAGACCUGAAAGCAACGGCGACGGUCCUGUCUUUUUAUGUCUUCUAGAUACUACCGUCAAGAAAGAGAUCUUUAGAAAACUGCUGGCAAACGGAGCAUCUGUAAAUGUCCAUGAUAAAAAUGGACAGUCCUUGAUUGAACGGGUGCUUCUUUUGAAGCAAAUUGUACCAUAUACACGUACACAAUCUCAUUGGUUACUUGGUUUCAUGAGGACAGUGCAUUUACCAGCACCUCACCCUGAAAUGACCGAAUUAUUGACAUUGUUGUUCAGUCGAGGGGCGGAUGUUAACUUUGUUGGAAAAGAUGGAAAUACGCCACUUUUUACAGCAAUAAACGAAGAAAUGUUCAAGACGGCGUUAGAUCUGAUAGAACGAGGAGCUGAUAUCAAUCAUAUUGCAGCAAACAAUUUGACAACACUUGAAUGUUGUUAUGCUGUGUUUAAGAAAUCCAUGAAAGAGUCGCACAGGUCUUUUUAUACAGCUACCGAAAUAUCUUGCCAACAUGUCAUGUGUGCAAUAAUCGGUGCUGGAUUCCACCUAGAUAGAGUGCUAUCAAAUGGUCUUCUUCCUCUGGAUAUGGCCUCCACCGUUAAGGACGCAGAUUCUGUGUUGGUGACCAUGCUUUCAUCUUUAGUUGAUGCACCAAGCUUCUCUAAGGAAAAAGACGGCUUUCUACACAGCCUUUUAGACAAACACCCAAUCACUAUUUUAGCAUUUUUAACAAAAAAUCAGCAUGUACAUGUCUCAAGGAACAAAGAUGGCAAAUCGGCUUUUGAAGUAUAUAGCGAGAACGUGUUUUAUGCACCAACAUGUGUGUGCAAGGAUUCAUCAGACACAGAUAAAAAACAGCUGGUGGAAUUUUGUCUUUUGCGUGUAAAGCUUGCAAUGAGAAAGAAAAAUCCACGUCUUCGCAUCUUUAGUCAACCAUUUGAAGCAAACAUUUUAUACAAACAUCAUCUAAAUAAUGAUAUCGAUUUGUCCGCUGUUUUGCCUGAACACAAGCUUCUUGAUGAUAAAAACACAAUGGAAUUCAAAGAUGAAAAAUCGAUGAUCGAAGCAUUAGAAAUCAACGAAACGGUUUUUAAAAACAAAAUGGAACGUAUACAUUUGCUGACAAAAGCUUUCACUGGUUCAGUAUAUCCACACAUUGCCGAUGCCAUGGAAGAAUGUUGCAGUGCAAUCGGGCGUCUCAUGGCCUUCGAAAAUGUAUCAGCCAAUCGAAAGCUGUCAUGGGGAAUGCAUCCAAUUUGUGUUGCAGUAAAACUUAAUAGUACCGAACUUGUAAAAUUCAUGUUAAUGAGGGGAGCUGAUCCUAAUAUAAUGGAUUCUUGGGAUGAAACACCGCUAUCUCUAGCAAUAAUACUUCAAAAUCUUGAAAUGAUUCAACUGCUGAUUAAAGGAAAAGCAAAUGUUAAUCACAUGGCAUCAAUUACAAGUGAUUUGCGGCAGUCACUCCUGAGCAGAAGUUUAAAGAUAUUUCUACACUCGCCAAUUCAAUGGGGUGUACCGAAGAACAACAUUCUGCUGAAAAUUGUUAAACUUUUAGUCGAAAAUGGAGCAGACGUUAAUCUAGAUGUGGAAAAUGUUGACUCCGCUUUGAUAGAAGCUGUAAGAAUGCAGGACUUUGAAAUUGUCACAUUUUUACUGAAAAGCAAAGCCGAUAUCAACCAUAAAGGAAUACAGGGCUUAACAGCCCUCCAUGUUCAAUUAAUGCAAAGACCUAUUUCAAGAUACAGAGAUGCUGACAGCAUCCUAAAUAUUUUAACAGCACACGGUGCAUCUGUUAAUAUUAAAUCAAUACAUGAUGAUGAAAGUAUGUUGAAUGUUCUAACAGCACACGGUGCAUCUGUUAAUAUUAAAUCAGUACAGGGUGAGACCCCAAUACAUGUGGCUUUAAGACAACAAUUCUUCAAAGUCAUUCCAAACCUCAUCUCUCAAAAUCUGGAGCCAAACAUAACAGAUAACGACGGAAUAUCAUACUUAAUGUUGGCUGCGCAAUUCGGGGAAGAAGACUUGGUUGAAAGUUUUGUCGAUAUUGGAGUAGAUUGUUCUCUUGUCGAUUCUAAAGGCAACAGUGCACUUCAUUAUGCAUGCUACGAAAACUUCAAAACAUCUGUAUUUCACAUUCUUUUAAGAAAUGGUUGCAACAUUAACUUGACGAACAACGAAGGGCUGUCACCUUUGAACAUCUAUUUAAUGAAAAACCUUAGAAUAGAUAGUUGCUGUUUGUUUUUUAAAAACGGCUCAGAUCCUUCAAACUGUAUUAAGAAUUUUCAUUCGCCACUGAUGAUUGUACUAGAAAAAGGUUCUGAUGAUAUGUUAAGGUGUAUAUUAGAACACGGUGUAGAUAUUAAUCAUCUUGGGGCAUCUGAUACCACAGCCCUACAUAUUGCAAUAGAAAAAGGGAUAAAUAGAGAGGAGAGAGUGAAUCAGUUACUUGAUGCUGGAGCUGACGUAAAUGCUGUUACAAGUGCAGGGUUAUCGCCCCUAUCAGUUUUGUUACGUUCCAGACAUUCCGAUGAAACAAUGCGUCUGAUGUUAAAGUUUAUAAAAUGCAAAGCCGAUCCAAACAUUGGAACUAAUCCUCCUCUCUGUUUUGCUUCCGCUGCGAUGAAUAUUCCUAUUAUGAAGACGCUUUUAGAGGCAGGAGCAGAUAUAAACAAAUCGAACACGGAUGGAGAAUCGGCACUUUGUUGUUGCCUUAAAACUAACCAUCGAGAUGAAACACUUAUACUGAAAAAUGUGACAUUUCUUGUCGAAAAUGGAGCGUCCGUCAAUGCAGAAAUGGGAACAGAAUCACCCUUACAUUUUGCUGCUGCAUCAAAGUUGCGAAGAACGAUCGAUUUUCUAAUCGAAAAAGGUGCAAACAUCAAUCAUGUUGGAAGUUGCGAUGUUACACCGCUGCUGACGUAUAUUUCAAAAAAAGAUUCACAAAGAUGGUGGAAUCACAACGCAAAUGAUACAAGUUUUCUUGAGUUUUUACUUCUUCAUAAUGCUAAUCCAAACGUUGAGGACCAUGAAGGUAAUAGUGUUCUGAACGUUGCAUUUUCGAAAGAAACAUCCAUAAAUAAUAUACGGAGUUUACUCAAAGCCGGUGCAGACCCCCUUCACAGUGGAAAAGAUGGGCUAAACGCAUACCAACAAGCGAUUGAAAAGGACUGGACCUACUUUGAAGUUUUAUUGGAAGAAUACAGAUCAGAACACGUCUCACAUGAAAUGUUCUGCAUGUAUUGGAAAAAGAUUUUCGAAUGGCAAAAAUCAAGAGGCAAUUAUACGCAAUUUGACAAAACUUCAAAGACAUAUAUUGUAGUCAUGGGUGUGUCGUUGAAGAUUCUCUCAUGCACUAACAAAAUUAAUGUGCACAUCACCGACAAGAAAGGAAACACCCCACUGAUUUUUUUCAGCACGUUGAACGAAUGUUCCAUCAUAAAGAUUUUGAUAGAAAAGGGAGCAGAUAUAAAUCGCGUUGGUGAGAAUGGAUGGAAUGCGCUUCAUGCUUUAUAUGCAAGUUUUGAUCCUGAGUCUAAAACAGAAGCAUUUGACUUGCUUUUAAAACAUGAUGGCGAUUUUACCACUGCAGACGAGGCUGGAAAAUCUGUUUUGGAUAAAGCUAUUGAAGAUUAUUUGGCAUCCUCAUACUUAGGUAGAUAUAAUACGCCAAGAGACUUUCUCCUCUGUGUCUUGAACUCCGGGAAACAUAUAAGACGUUGUGAUGAUAUAUUACUCCAUGCUGCCAAAUUGGACGACUUCCGUAUCGCAAAAUAUAUGAUUCUUGAAGGAGCAGAUUGUACAGUAAAAGACCAAGUUGGAUAUAAUGUUCUUAAUCUAUGGAUAACAGGCAAAAAAGCAGAGAAAUCCUUACGGCAGUGUCUAGAUUUUAUCGAGACUUACAAAAAUCAUGGUGGCCCCUUGUCGGAAAUGGAUAAAAACCAAAACACCCCUCUUAUGCUGUUUCUGAGUUCCAGCCUUUUACCAUCUUCAUUUGAUGAUGAAAUGUAUACUAAUGCAUUAAUUGAUAUGCUUACGAUCAAUAGAACUAUUGUAAACAAAACUAACUUAAGCGGAGUUACACCUAUGGUAAAAGCAGUCUCAGUUGGAGAUUAUUAUUGCAUAAAGAAACUUUGGGACAAAGGUGCAAAAAUCAAUAUCAAAGACAGACAAGGAAAUUCACUCCUUCAUCUGAGCACCUUAAGUGCACAACAUAGUUCCAGCAUUUUUGAAAUUAUGUCAUUUCUUCUUGACAAAGGAGCUAGUGUUCAUGUCAAUUCAAAAAAUAAGUUCGAAGAAACCCCUCUUUAUUUAACACUAGAAAGAGUUUCAAAUUCUACUGAUCGCUUCAAUUGUGUCAAAUUAUUACUCAAGAGUGGAGCAAAUCCAAACACCGGAAACACCGGCGAAAAAAGUCCAUUAGGAAAGGCAGUAGACAUCCAAGAUGUUAUGUCAGCAAACCUUCUAUUGCAACAUGGCGCUAAACCACAGCUUGAUAAAGGAUAUCGUCGAUCCUUGUUGCCUUUGCAUAGAUUAUUCAGAUGGCGAAACUCACAGGAUCAACAACAAGAUAUUCCGCUGUUUUUCAUUCUUCUAAAUGAAAGGAAAAGCAAUAUUUAUGAAACAAUCGAUGGAAAACCAAUAUUGCAUUUUCUUGUCCUAACAUCUGAACAACCAGACGUAGUAAAAACAAUUAUUAAUUUGGGUGCCGAUGUUAACACAGAGGAUAGUUCAGGGUUUUCGGCAUUGUAUGUUCUUUCUUCAAACUAUAUACCAGAUAAAAGAAAAGCAGAUAUAGGCAAAGUUCUUCUUGAAAACGGAGCGAAUCCCAACCAAGGAUGUAAUUUAUCCCAAAUUUUGAACAAUUCUCGUCAUAAUGAUCAUAGCAAAUAUUUGAUCAAAACCCUUUUGGAUUACGGAGCCAAUCCAAAUUUAUAUAAAGGACAACGACCUAAUAUAAUACAAGCAGUCAAGAAUACAGGCACAGAAGUAGUUGUACAGCUAUUGGAAAAAGGCGUCAAUGUGAAUGCAAUGGACGAGGGGAAGAACACAUGUUUACACUGGGCAAUAUCAUCAGAGAAAACUGGAGAUCAGAUUAGAACUGCGUCGCUUCUAAUAUCCCAUCAAGUUAUUCUGGACACAGAAAACAAAAAAAAACAAACUGCUUUAUCGUUGGAGAUUGAAAGGUUGGCAAACUGGACUACAACCCAAUGGCCUUCAGACGGAGUUACAAUCAUUGACCUUUCACUCUUCAAUCUGCUGAUUUGUGGAGGAAGCGAGUCAUUAAUUAAAACACUUACGACGAGAGAUACAAGUACUUCACCUUUGGUAAAAUUGAUAAAAGCAGGCUUGUUGAAAACAGCAGUGACACUGGUAACAUGCGGAUAUGAUUUAAGUCAUGAUGAAGAGUUUGGACAGUUUGAUAUUUCUAAAAACGAUUGGUCAACGGUUUGCAAAUACAGGCCAUAUAAACGAAUAAAUUAUGAAAAUGACGUAUUGCUUCUAGAAAAUGCCAUUGCCGACUCUAAAAAAGAAGAAAUACCAGCAUUGGCACUCACAUGCAGGAAAAUGAUUAGACAACAUUUGGCUUUUUGUUCCAAAGGAGCAGAAUUUGAAUCAAAGAUAAUGUCAUUACCUCUUCCCCAAAAGAUGAAAUCAUUCUUGUCUUUUCGAGAAAGCACAUUUGAGCAAGAAAUAAUCGAAAUAAUGGAAAGUACCAACAAUAGACAGAGCUGUGAUGAUUCUGAUGAAGACUUUUAUGUCGAUUCCGAUUAUUACGAUUAUGAUGAUCAUGAAGAUUUCGGCUACUGUUACAUGUAUGAUGAUUCAGAUUAAAAUAUGCCGCAAAAAUAUUAUUAUAUUAAAAAUUCAACUGAUUCGUGAAAAAUUGUCGCGUUUCUGAUACUUUACAGAACUAGCAAAAGAAAUGACUUUGAAAAAAUUGUUGACGUUAAAGUUCACCUUAGCAAAGGAUUAAAUUGUUAACCACAUAACCCGGACCAAUACUUUGGCCUAAGAGAGAUUUAAACUUUAACAAAGAAAUAUAUAGGGAGAAUGUUCAAAACACGUUCUUGAGAACCACAACACUACAUUUUGUAAGAUUAUUAUGCAAUCAUGCUUAAAUAGUGUGUAUUCUAAAAUGUUUAAACCGUUACCCCCACACCAAAUCUGGUGCCCCAGGAUAGGUUUAAAGUUCCAAAUUCAAGUAUGGGAUAAUCAAAAUCAAAUGUGUAAUAUUAUUAUGUAAGGGUCCUUUAAUAGUGUACUUAUAUAUAUUUUAUAAUGCUUAAACCCGAUCACCAGACGAAUACUGGGUUCCUGGGAUAUGUUUAAAGUUCAUAUGAAUAUAAAGGAAAAUGUUUAAAAAUCUUAUUCUCAAAAUAUGCAAUGCUACGUUUAGUUAUUUACUAUGUAUUAGCAUGUCUUCAUAUCAAGGUUUUUUUUUAUAAUUAUGUAUAAGUUUAUUUUACAUUUUUUUAAUCUUUACUGCGUUGAGGCUAAAUAUGGUAAUAAGAUUGGCCAGUUAAUGCAUUUAAGAUAUUGGGUCCAAGAAGUAGGCUUCUUUCUAUGUACUGUUUCAUGUUUUGUCAAAUUUUGGAAUAUAUGAGAGUCUUACAAUGCUAAUAAACAUUAUCAUAUAAAAACAUUUUGAAUUAAAAUAUCUGAUACAAGAAUUAUUGUUUAGGUAAGCGUGAAUCAAUUGCUUAUUAAAAUGCUUACAUAAAUAUAACAUGUCGUUAAGUAGCGUACGAGGUAUUAGAUUUAUAAUUGGACCAAGAAAUAUGGCUGUUCGAAAUGUCUAAAAGUCAAAUAAUCAUCUGAUCAGAGAGAUGUUCGUAUGAUAUGUUUCUUCUUUACCUACUAAGAAUUCCUUUUUACAUUACUGAUAUGUAUUUCAAUUGUAAUGUAAUCUUUUAAAGGAAUAUUUUUUAGACAAAAAAAGUGCUUACUGAUUAUAUUUCUAAAAUGUAUGCCAAUCCUCUUGAAAGCUUAUUCUUUAUGUUAUGGACCAUUAAAUCGCUACAUUUCUGAUAUUUUGCGAAAUCAAAUGUUACUUUUUAAUCAUGAUAUUUCCAUUAUCUGUCAUUAUAUAUUUUUUGCUGCUUGAGUAAAAUAAAAUUAAGCUUCAAUGGU